CUCACACACACAAAGUGUUUGAAAUUAAGUGGUAGUUAUAAAGUUUAUACACACAUUCUUUUCCCACGGAUCUAAUUAACUAGUUCAAUAGACGCUUUUUUUUUUCAUUUUAUUUUGCAUUGCUUGCCUUUUGAACGAAGAAUUAGAAGUACGUUAUGCCGGGAAUUAAUAACAUCGGAAUGAAAAGAAUAAUCGGUGGCAACUCAAUUUCGAGAUGUUUAAGUGCUAGAAAUACCACCUCCACCGCCAACUUGAACCAUAGAAUCACAGCCCUUGUACAGAGUAGAGCUUCUGUUAAUGGUGUCAGCCGUGUAAAUGUUCCAUUGGUCAUGUCAUUUGUAAGAGGGUACUCUACUACUCCUAAGACAGACAAUGCCAAGGUGGCAUCUAAGGUUGAACCAUCAAAGGUUGAAACUAAGAAGACUACCGAAGUUUCAACUGCAACUGCUCCAAAAAAAUCCGUAUGGGAAAAGGUUAAACAUGAACUUAACCAUUAUUGGGACGGUACUAAGCUUCUUGGUUAUGAAAUAAAGGUUCUGACCAAGUUACUUUUCAAAGUGGCGGCUGGGUACGCGCUCUCUAGAAGAGAAACUAACCAACUUCAACGUACCAUUGGUGAUGUGAUAAGAUUAGUUCCAUUCUCGAUGUUUUUAAUCAUUCCAUUUGCUGAACUUUUACUUCCUGUUGCAUUGAAAAUUUUCCCAAAUUUGUUACCAUCAACCUAUGAAUCUCUGCUGGACCGUAAUAAGAAGCGUGCCAAGUUAUCUAAAACUAGAGUUUCAACUUCCGAUUUCAUUAAGAAGACUAUGGAAGAAAGUGGUUUAAAACUUUCUAAGAAAAUCACUGAAGAAGAAAAGGAAGCCUUUGUUUCCUUUUUCCAUACCAUUUCAUUAGGUAAGAACCCAACCAGAGAUCAUUUGAUUAGUGUUGCUAGAUUGUUCAAGAAUGAUCAAGUUUUAGAUAACUUGUCUCGUCCACAAUUGCUUGCCAUGGCCAAAUACAUGUCCUUGAGUCCAUUUGGAACUGAUUCCAUUGUUAGAUAUCAAAUUAGACAUCGUCUUUUAACCAUCAUUAAGGAUGAUAAGGCUAUCGAUUAUGAAGGGGUUGAAUCAUUGAGUGUUCCAGAAUUGCAAAUUGCUUGUCUGCAAAGAGGUAUUAAAUCCACUGAUGUUUCUCCUGCUAGAUUGAGAGAUGACUUAUCUACUUGGUUAGAUUUAAGAUUAAGACAAAAGAUUCCAUCCACAUUAUUAUUAUUAUCCUCCACCUAUACUUAUGGUGAUAACUCCCAUAGUAUUGAAUCAUAUUAUGACGCUCUUUUGGCUGUCUUGUCAUCUAUUCCAGAUGAGGUUUAUAACGUUGCUAAGUUGGAAUUGGCUGAUGAUUCUAAAUUGAAGUUGAACAUCUUGAAGGAACAAGAUGAAUUGAUUCAAGAAGAAAAUGCUCGUGAAAAGGGUACCGUUACCCAUAUCCCAGAUAACAUCAAGUUGGAUGAAUAUGAAGAAACUGCAAAUGAAGGGAUGAAGAUUGAACAAGAUGAAAAGAAGACUAAUAACUAAGUGGACUAGUGACUUAUUUGCUUCCCUUUGCUGUUGAGACUAAAGAUUAAAAUAAAAAAGAAACCCAUAGACUAUCAAGCUGAAGCUCACACUAGCUUGCUCCUAUUACGAGUAAUGACAUUUUUUUUUCCAAAAAUUUUUUCCUUCUUUGCCUAUUUAUUUUCAAGAUGUUACUCUUUAUUAACUAUGUAAAUACUUGUACGAUGUAUAUAAUACAAUAAUGUAUAUCUCCC